UGAAGUAACAACAUUGACAUGAAUACGUUUCGUAGUUUUACCGAAAAUCGAUCAGAAAAGCUGUGAAGACGGUCAGAUCUCUGGCUGCAGUGCGCGCUCCCGACACAGGAGGAACAGAAUAUUUCAGGGGAACAGAAUUUCGCACAACACCUGUUCCGCUGGCCCCGCCCCCUCUUCCCAAACACGUGGAUCUCUUCCGGGUUCUUCAUCCUUUGUUCCCUGUUCGUCAGCAGCCCAGAAGCGGGAGUGUUGAUAAAGCUGUAAGAGAGCUGCAGCAGCAGCAGUUGAUGAACUCUGGAAAGAAGUCCAGCAGCUUGAGGAACAUCUGGUCAAAGAAACUGGAGGGAAGCAGGAGCUCAAACAGCGGCAGGACGCAGCAGAGGAAGAGACACCAGAUGAUGGAUGAUGUUUUCCAGCCCAGAUUAGUGCUGCCAGCAGAUGUUAAAGAAGAGGCUCCUGAAGAACAGAGUCCUGAUGUGGAUCAGCAGGAGCCAGAGCCCCUCCAGAUAAAGGAGGAACAGGAGGAACUCUGGACCAGUCAGGAAGGAGAGCAGCUCACUGUGAAGGAGGAGACUGAUACCAGGUUUCCAUUAACUGCAGCUCCUAUCAAGAUGCUGCCAGCAGAUGUUAAAGAAGAGGCUCCUGAAGAACAGAGUCCUGAUGUGGAUCAGCAGGAGCCAGAGCCCCUCCAGAUAAAGGAGGAACAGGAGGAACUCUGGACCAGUCAGGAAGGAGAGCAGCUCACUGUGAAGGAGGAGACUGAUACCAGGUUUCCAUUAACUGCAGCUCCUAUCAAGAUGCUGCCAGCAGAUGUUAAAGAAGAGGCUCCUGAAGAACAGAGUCCUGAUGUGGAUCAGCAGGAGCCAGAGCCCCUCCAGAUAAAGGAGGAACAGGAGGAACUCUGGACCAGUCAGGAAGGAGAGCAGCUCACUGUGAAGGAGGAGACUGAUACCAGGUUUCCAUUAACUGCAGCUCCUAUCAAGAAUGUUAAAGAAGAGGCUCCUGAAGAACAGAGUUCUGAUAUGGACCAGCAGGAGCUGGAGCUCCUCCACAUAAAGGAGGAACAGGAGGAACUCUGGACCAGUCAGGAAGGAGAGCAGCUCACUGUGAAGGAGGAGACUGAUACCAGGUUUCCAUUAACUGCAGCUCCUAUCAAGAGUGAAGAGGAUGAAGAAAAACCUCUGUUCUCUCAGCUUCAUCAACGCCAAACAGAAGACAGAGAUCUUCCAAGCAGCAGCUCAGCUGACCAGAUAAAAGGAGAAAUUAAAGAAGAGGACUGUGGAACAGCAGAAUCCAGCAGGAACCCAGAUCUAAAUACUCAUGGAAGCACUUCCGACUAUUCAGAGAUUGAAGAUGAGGAUGUGAAGCAUCAUAAAUCUGAGCUUAAAUGCUUAUCAGACUCUGAAACUGAAGACAGUGAGGAUGAUUGGAAGGAGAGCAGGACUCCAGGAUCAGGCAGAAACACUGUCAACAAAUCUUUGAGCUGCUCUGAUUGUGGAGGAAAAUUUGCUAACAGACGCUCUCUUCAGAGUCACAUGACAUGUCAUCCAAGAUUAACGUCUUCAGAUUGUUCCGGUAAUGAGACUUGUUUCAGAGAGAAGAAAACUAUUGAUUCACUGACAAAAGUGCAGACAGGUAGUAAAAAGUUUAAUUGUGGAGACUGUGGUAAAAGUUUUAACUUGAAACGAGAUCUAAACAGACACACAAAAGUACACACUGGGGAGAAACCCUUUGGCUGUGAUGCAUGUGGAAAAAGAUUUGCAUACAAGUCACAUUUAAACACACAUGUAAUCACCCACACAGGAGACAAACCCUUUAGUUGUGAUGCAUGUGGAACAAGAUUUAUCUACCAGUCAAGUUUAGCCAAUCACAUGAGAAUUCACACAGGAGACAGCCCUUUCACUUGUGAUCCGUGUGGAAAAAGAUUUGCCUACAAGUCACAUUUAAACAGACACAUGAGAAUCCACAGAGGAGAUAAACCCUUUGGUUGUGAUACAUGUGGAAAGAGAUUUGUCUACAAGUCAUAUUUAAAGAGACACAUAAGAAUCCACACAGGAGAUAAACCCUUUGGUUGUGAUACAUGUGGAACAAGAUUUGUCUACAAGUCAUAUUUAAACGUACACAUGACAAUCCACACAGGAGACAAACCCUUCAUUUGUGAUACAUGUGGAACAAGAUUUAACUACAAGUCAAGUUUAGUCAAACACAUGAGAGUCCACAGAGGGGUUAAACCCUUUGGCUGUGAUGCAUGUGGAAAAAAAUUUCCCUCCAAGUCACAAUUAAACAUACAUAAGAGAAUCCACACAGGAGUUAAACCCUUUGGUUGUGAUGCAUGUGGAAAAAGAUUUCCCUCCAAAUCACAAUUAAACACACACAUGAGAAUCCACACAGGAGACAAACCCCUAAGUUGUGAUGCAUGUGGAAAAAGAUUUACCUACAAGUCAAGUUUAGAUAAACACAUGAGAAUCCACACAGGAGACAAACCCUUUGGUUGUGACACAUGUGGAAAAAGAUUUGCCUGGAAGUCACACUUAAACAGACACAUAAGGUUACAUACAGGAGAUAAACCUUUCAGUUGUGAUGCAUGUGGAAAAAGAUUUGCCUUGAAGUCACGCUUAGCCUUACAUAUAAGACUGCACACGGGAGACAAACCCUUUGGUUGUGAUGCUUGUGGAAAACGAUUUUCCUUAAAGUCACGUUUAGCCUUACACACGAAAAUCCACACAGGAGACAAACCCUUUGGUUGUGAUGCAUGUGGAGAAAGAUUUGCCAACAAGUCAAAUUUAGACAAACACAUAAGAGUCCACACAGGAGAAAAACCCCUAAGUUGUGAUGCUUGUGGAAAAAGAUUUACCUACAAGUCAAAUUUAGACAAACAUAUGAGAAUCCACAAAGGAGACAAACCCUUUGGUUGUGAUGCAUGUGGAAAAAGAUUUACCCAAAAGUCACGCUUAGCCUUACAUGUGAGAAUUCAUACAGGAGAUAAACCCUUUGGUUGUGAUGCAUGUGAAAAAAAUUUUUCAUACAAGUCAAAUUUAAUCAGACACAGAAGACUCCACACAGGAGACAAACCUUUUGGUUGUGAUGCAUGUGGAAAAAGAUUUACCACGAGGUCUUCUUUAAACAUACACAUGAGAAUCCACACAGGAGACAAACCAUUUGCUUGUGAUGCAUGUGGGAAAAGAUUUGCCUACAAGUCGCAUUUAAACAGACACAUGAGAAUCCACAAAAGUGACAAGCCCUUUGGUUGAGAUGCUUGUGAUAUAAGAUUACACAAAAAGUCAAAGUUAAAACCCACAAAUGAUAAACCACAGAGGAAAUAAAAGCCCCCUUUCUACCGAAGUCCCAGUAUUUGUUUUACCCGGAUAAUAAGAAUCCCAGGGGAUUGUGUAUGUUUUGUUUACACUGCUCAGAAAGACCAUGGAGCAUUUAUUUAAAUCACCCUAAUAACGUAUGGGGAAGUUGUUAAAAAAACUCCACUAUACCUUCAGUCCUGCAUAUGGCAUUGCUCCUUUACUCAGUUUAAAAGACUAUUCGCUAAUAAAUAUUUUUUUUGUUUCAACUGAUAAAUUAUAGAUGAUGAGCAGUUUAUGAGUUAUACAGUUAAUUAAUUACUUCCAUUAUUCUCUAAGUUGCUAUGGAUCCAUAGACAGGAAGAGUUUAUAUAAUUAUUUUACAUACAUUUUUUUAUCAUCCUGCAUCUGCCUAAGUUGUUACUUUACAACUUCUAUAUCUACUAAACACUUAUCAACACACCUAUAUUUCUUUUAUUAUCAUCAGGUAAACUCAUAUUAGAUAACUACAGAACAUGUUUUCAGUAAACAUUUUACUUAAUGAAGUAAAACAAAACUGAUGAAUCAGUCCAAAGGUACAGGAAAUAAAUACCUUGACUGUCUAAUCAUAAGCAAGAAUUUAUAUAAAGUACAGGAUGCAUAAAGUAGAGCAGAGGAUGGCAGGAUCACCGAGCUUCUGCAUCCAAACCUGGAACUGUUGUCUCUCCUCCUGUAGAGCUGUCUGCAUAAAACUAAAAUAAAUAAAUACAAAUAAAAUACAAAUAAAUUAAAAUAGAUUAGAUGAAUUAGAUAGACGUAUAUGAGAGAAAUAAAUAUGAGUUCAUACUCUACAAAGUUAGGUUUACAUGAUAGGACAAUCGUAUGUACAUGGAAAAUAGUGCUCUGAUCAUCAGCGCUGCAAUAAAAUAUUUGUCUUACAGAACUGUGGUGAAAUAGUUUAUAAUUAACGCCAACAAUAACUUGAAAUGUCCAAAUUUUCGGCUGAAAAUAUACCAUUUUUAUUUUCUUGCGGUUAUUCACCACAUACCUACUAAACACUUUAUAUUCAUUUUCAACUGCCACAAACAGAUAACAGAUAGUGGGAAAUCCCAGAGUACCAGGUCAAGAUCAGGCAGCGGUUAGUGGGAAAGUCCCAGUCCAACCGCUCGCUUAGCUUAGCUUACCUCAGCAGCCAGACCACCAUGUAACUCUGAAAUACAAUUUCAAUGUAGGGUCAUUCUUGAUGAACUGACUGCACAGAUUAAGUUUUGAGGUCUUCUUUCUCGCUUAUAAACAUCCUAAAACUACCUUUUGUGACAAAUUAAUGGUGUAAAAACAAAUAAUAUCUAAACUAACAUUCACUGGUGGAGCCAUGCCUCACUGCACGCAACCCUUCAAAUAAUUCAGGGGAAAGCUGAAAAUACCUACUUUAGAAUGGACCCAUUUCCCUGUGAAAGUAAAGCCCUGGUAAAGUGAAAUUACCUGGGUAAAUUUAUAUCAAAACACACCCUGGGCUUUCCAAAGCAAAUGUAAAAGGGGCUAAACACUUUAGUUGUGAUGCCUGUGGUAAACAUUUAGCCUUUAAACCCUUAAGCCCUGCCUAUUUUUCUUCGGCCGUAAAACUGGUUAAAACACGGUUAAGUUUUUUUUUUCUAAAUAUCUCGGAAGAUGAGGCUUCAAUGUUGAUAAAUCAAGUUAUCGAAUUUGUUUUACACAAAUUCUUUCGGUUUUACAGCACAUUAAAAACACAGGAAGUUGUUUUAAGGUCCUACCGGAAGUAGUGUUUCUUUUGGGAAAAUACUUCCAUACACAGACAUAGUAUGGUCCGCCCCCACUUGACCAGUAUGUACGGAAACUAGAGACCCUCACCUUUCGAACGAGGUAUGUCACGUGUUUGCUCGAUAACAAAACUAUACAAUUCAACUUGUUUUUUAUUCAUUAUAUUGAUAUUAUGCUGUGCACAAUGAUACAUUUUGAUGAUACACAGGGUAAAUGUCAUGCCCAAAGGCUAUGUCGUAUGCAGAAUGACUCCUACAAUGGUAAUCAGUACUUUUAUUUGACCAGAUUCCCUUUUAUGAGGUGAAAAACACAUUCGGCACCGUUUUGGCACAUUUGGCUAAAUUUUGCCGAAAUCCCAGCUCCGCCUGCCACAUUGCCCACUAAAACCUUUGUGGAACAGAAAUGCUUCAACUGAUUCAGUCCAAAUUUGCUGCAGUUAUAGCCAAGAUGUUGAUGAAUACAACCCGGGGGUUCUCCUGGAUUUCCAAAGAAUUUUCAUGGUGUUUUGCAAUGUUUAUUUAGAAUAAAAUUAAGGCGAGGGCCAAAAAGUAGAAAAUCUUCUGUGUUUAAUCAUGAAUAAAUCAGACAUAGUAAUGUUUGCAACAGUGGUUCCACUAAAAUAUAUUCAGUUAUGUCUUACCUUUACACAGGUACCAAAAGUUUGCAUGUAGUCCUUGUAGUUGUGGAGCUAUACUUGAUUUAUUUAAGGUAUGUAAUUUCAGGUGGAAAUUGCUCUAAAACUCCUUAGGGCUUAACAGGUUAAGUCAUCUUUAAACAUACACACAAGAAUAGACAGUGGAGAGAAACAUUUUGGAUGUAAUGAAUGUUAAAAAAAGUACCAUACUUACUUUCUUACCUUUCUGACUCUUUUGUAGCCAUUUCUGCACCACAUGUGGUCCCAACAUGGACCUCCAGCAUCUCACUUUUACUUACAUGCUUUAUUUAUGACAAGCUCUGUCAUGAAGUCAUACCUUUUAGCAAUAAUAGCUAAGGGCUUUAUGUUGAUUAGCAGCUGAAAAAAGUACUGUACAGUAUUGCAUUUACUUUUUAACUUGUCCUAUUUUUACUUUAAUCAUGGUUGUUUUUAACAUUCAUGUUGACACUGAAAGUGAUAGCCUAAAUAUAGCCUUUAAUGCUUUCUUAGACAUAAUUGGCUUUGCUAAAAAUAUUCCCAAACCUACCCACUUUUGACUUCAUUCUCUGGACCUUGUGCUGACAAAUGGCAUUGAUUGUAAAGGAAUACUAGCAUUUCCUGAUAACACUUUCCUGUCUGACUAUUUUUAAUAACCUUUGAUUUAAGAGUACUCCACGCCUGAAAGAAAAUGUCAUUAUAGUAGAUCAUUAUCAGACAAUGCUGUAACAACCUUUAAAGAAUCUGUUCCACUUUUAAUUGUCUUAUUAUCACAGAAAAACAGCUUAGGGCACAAAUUUAGUUUUGUCCCUUUUACAAAUGGAUUCUCUUGUUCAUAGUGUUACUUCCUCAUUGUGUGGUGCAUUAGACAAUGUAGCCCCCUUGAAUAAGAAUUUAAUUAUUCAUAGGAGGCUGACUCCCUGGUUUAAGUCAGAGCUGUGUAUGUAACAGUUAAAAUGGUUGAGGUUAAAUUCUGCUAAUAUGCACCAUCUGCUGGUUAAAGGUUAUACUGCAUUCACUCAUAGAGAGCAAGGUAUUGUGGGUAAUCCUCAAAGCCAUGAGGAUUUCUGGCAAGGAAACAUGUCUCUUCUAUGUCCAAUAAAGAAAUAUUAUUAUUAAUAUACCUAUAAAAAAAGAGCGCUUGUUUAUUGGCCAGAGACUGACUUUACCUUGAUGCUCAUAGUGUGAAAUACAGAUGAGUAUUAAAGACGACUGAUGCCACA